GAAAUACACAAGUCACAGUUUGAACUUCCUCGAAGACCAUCUCCAAUAAACUGGCUAACUCAAGGAGUGUUGGCACUUCCUCCUUAGCGCCAUUCGUCUGCACAAAAGACUUCUUACAAUGCGGUCUCUCCUUCGAGCAACACUCUGUGAGCAUCUUCCCCUCUGCCCUGCUCCGCAGGUCCUGCCAAAAGACUCCAAACCAGACUACUGUCCUUCAGAAACCUCAUCCUGCCCAGCUCGCUCGAAUGUUCCAUGAUAUCCCACCAGGCAGAAAGUUACCACACGUACCCAGACAGUCCUGAUUGACUGACACGACACUAAGUUGGCCAACAUGGCUCCUUAUCUUUAGCCGAAACCAAAACACUCUUACUAGCAGGACACACUGCUUUUGCAUAUAAUUGCUAAAAUAAAAUACCUAACAGCGUAGGAACCCAGGGCAUUAUAUUUAUGUACCUCUAUCAAAUUUCCCCUCAUUCCCAUGCUCCAGGGAAUUAAGUCUAAACCUACUCAAUCUUUCCCAUAACUCAGGUCCUCAAGUCCAGGCAACAAUUUUCUCAGUACUCCGUCCUGUAGGCAAGUGGCCAAAACUUCACACAAUACUCCAAAUUAGGCCUCAUCAAAGAGGAGCCCCGGUCCUUUUUAAUUCUUUCCCCUCCCACUUUGAACCCAUGCCCACUUGGUUUUGCUUCCGUUUCCCUGGGGGGGGGGGAAUGACUGGGUGCACUCAAUCUAAAUGUUCUCAUGAUUUUCUACACGUUAUAAGGUAACCACCCCCAGUAGCCAAGGAAUAAAGUCCUAGUCUGCCCUACCUCAUCAGACCUGGCAAAUUCAUCUCAAGUCUUUGCUCUCUUUCCAGCCCAGCUGACGUCCUUCCUAAAACAAGAGCAACCAAAACUGUCCACAACAUCCCAACUGUGGCCGCCCUCGCUGAUGAAGGCCAGGCUGCCGACCGGUGACGCCGCUUCCAGGGAGCAACAUCCCGCUGUUCUAAACCACUCCCCGGGGUCCUGCUCUCCACUGUGAGUUCUGGGUUAGCUUCUCAAAAUUCAACAGCUCAUACUGAGCAGAAUGCCCAACUAGUCAAGAUCCCCCCUGUGAACUUGGCAACCUUCUUCACUGUCACGGCACCGCUAAUUUAGUGUCAUCUGCAAAACGGGCAAAUGAUAAAUAAGGUAUUCUGUAUUGAACGCAUCAAUCAGAUUGGGUUGAAUCCCAAAAAUAACAUUGCCCAUUAAAUGUGUGUCACAAUGGGGGACAUGUAGAAGUGCAAUGCUUGACCUCUCCUCCUGGUGCUGCGAGUAGUUUUGCUGCUCGGAGCUGCCGACGGGCUUGGCAGAACCCGGAACGGCGCAGGGACUGCGGAGACAGGGCAAUGGAGCGACGGAGAUCUGCGCACCUCGCCAGCCCGAGUCCGGCUCGCUGGAGUCGGCUGCAGGAGAAGGAGGAACUGCAGCAGCUGAACGACCGCCUGGCCUUCUGCAUCGAACAGAACUGCCGGCUGGAGGCGGACAGAGAGGCGCUGCGGCAGCGGCUCGCCGAGUGCCUGGAGGCGGACAGCUCCCAGUUCUGCAACACCCGCAGCCUCCUGGAGAAGCAGUUGGCCGACUGCCGGAAGCAGCUGGACGCCACGGCGGCCGAGCGAGCCCGACUGCAGGUGGAAAAGGGCAGGAUUUACGAGGAGAACCGCAAGCUCCGAGAGAGAAAUGCUAAAAAGGAAGCUGAGUUGAAAUCUGCUUUAGCCCAGUUGAGAGACCAGGAAACUCUGUUGAAUUCCAACAAGACUCAGCUGGCUGCAUCGCUGAGGGAGAAGAAGAAUUUGGAGAAUGAACUGUUUGAAGUCAAAGCUCAGCUUGCAAAAGCUAAUUCAAUUGUCCAAGACACCAAAACACAACUUCAGGAUGAAAUCCUGAAAGGACAUGACUUGGAACACAAGACACAAACAUUACAGGGGCAGUUAGAUUUCCAGAAAAGCCUCUAUGAGAAGGAGAUUAUAGAAUUCAAGAGAAAACGGGAAAUGAGGCGUGAAGAAAGAGAGGUCCUUCACCAGAGGGAAAGUAAACGCAAACUAGCCGAAAUGCUUCAGGAGUUAAGGAACAAUCAGUGUGAACAGAUCAAACAGUACAGGGAGCACCUGGAACGAAACUUCAAUACUAAGUUUGAAAAUGUCCAGCUGGUAGCUGCAAAGAGCAGUGACUUUGCCAGUGCUGCAAAGGAGGAGGUGGCAGAAGCUAAAAUGAGAUCUGACAAUCUAGUGUUGGAACUUCAGCAAUGCCGACUGCAGAUUUCUGAACUGAAAGCUAAGGUUCAGGACACAGAGAUGACAUUGGAUCAUGAACGGACUGUCUGGCAAAAGAGGCUGGUGGCCAAGGAGCAUGAAAUCAGUGAAAUACACAGGAAGGCACAGGAGAAGCUGGAAGAAUAUGAGGAACUGCUUGAUGUGAAGCUGGCAUUGGACCUGGAACUAAAUGUGUACAGGAAAAUGCUGGAGGAAGAAGAACAAAGACUUGACUUGACUCCCAAAUCAUUGUCACGGAGUGUGGUGUCUCCCUCAAGUCGUGUGACUUCACGCCGUGGGAAGAAAAGGAAAUUGUUUGAAACGGAGUCUUCCAGCUAUAACUACAAAAUGGAAGAAUACAUGUAUUCUAAAGGAAAAGUUAUUAUAGAAGAAAUUGACAAUGAAGGAAAAUUUGUCAAAUUAAGGAAUAUUUCCAAAAAGGACCAACCAUUAAAAGGGUGGAUUAUAAGGAGAAAGUUCGAAGAUUCUUCAGAGAUUGUGUACAAGUUUUCUGCACAUUUCACUCUUAAAGCCAAGCAAACAGUAACUAUCUGGGCUGCAGAUCAUGAUGGUGCCUCAUGCUCAUCAGUAGAUUUGGUGUGGGAGGACCAGAGAUCCUGGGGAAAAGGAGAUAUGAGAAUGGUUCUUCUCAGUGCGAAUGGAGUGGAGAUGUCUACACGGACUAUUGUACAAUUACCAGGACCACUGGAAGGUAAAUCUAGGGAUGAAGAGUAUGAAGGUCCUGCUGAGGGCAGAAGUCAUCUUGAAUAUAGUCCAAUGAGCCAUGCUGGGAAUGAUAAUCCAGGGUGUGCUGUGAUGUAAUGUCAGAGAGGAAUCCUUCAGAAGAUGAAUAUAAUUGUGGUACAUCUUUUUUAAUGAUUAUUGAAUGUAUCAUGUACUUGGAAUAUCCAAGUACAUGUUUCCAAAGGAAUGUAUUUGAUUUCAACUGCUUGUUAGGAGUGGUUAUUGAAGAGAAAUAAUCUUGUCAUCAAAUAGAUUCUGUUGAUUCAGUGCCAUGCAAAUAUAAAUGUGCAUUUUUUUUUUACAUGUUUUUGAAACUGUAGCGACUCAUUAACUGAAUUGACAGCUAUGGUAAAAUGAAUUUGUACCUUUAAAAUUCUACUUAAUUUACACUUCUGUGUGUUAGUUUUGAAGAGCACUAAUUUAUUAUAGAAAUUAAGGGCAGUGGGUGUGGAUACUUUGAUUUGAAACAUCAUAAUCCAGUGUUGAUUUAAUUACAAUACUAGCUUGGGAAAGAGCCAGCCCCACAACUCCAAUCUAAAUUGUUUCUGCUUGAUGUAACCUGUCACUCUUUUCACUUUAGUAACUAGAGAAAUGAAUCUUUCCGAGCAAAUGCCCCUUCCAAAGAUUUUUUUUUAAUGAGCUCCCAUUGCUGAGAAGAUUUUUAUUGAAAUACUGCUGAGCUUUCUCUACUUGAUUCAUUUAGGCAUCUGUGCAAGUGAAAAUGAUACACAUGCCUAAUAAAAUGUUGAUUUCUUUAACAGAAAUAUGAUAAACUCUGGAGAAAUUAUGGAAAUUCUUAACAUUUAAUAGAAGUGGCCUUUAAAUGUGUUUUGUCUCAAUUUCAUUUUUGUUUGUGACAUUUAGAAAUUGCAUAAGUGUGUGUCACUCACUCUUCUGUUAAAUUAUUUAUCUACUGAUAUAAAAAAAUCAUUACGAUAAAAAAUUCAGUAAUGCUUGCCUUUUUUCAGAUGUCAAUGCUAGGCUUUACUACCUGGUGUGUAGAGCUAACGAGAACUGAUGGCAGUGUCAGGUGACGUUGCCUACUUUUAAUGAAUUCUAUUGAAGUCAGUGUCAGAGGCAGAAUACAAUUCGAUGAGCCCUCCGCUUAGCGUGUUUAGAGUUAUUGAUGAGGAUGAAUAUGUGAAUGUAUGUGUUUCGUUUUCAUCCAGUUCUCAGUUUGUCUGUUUUCUCAGAGAUUUUCUCUUUUUUUGUUCUUUGCCCCUUGCCUUCCAGUGCCAAAAAAUGAUAACCUUAGCUUAUAAAUUCAUUUCACUGCUGUUCUGAUUUAAAAUUUUUAUUAUUUUGUUUCUAUAAAUAAAUCACAUCAAUUGCAUUUUUAUGGUGUAUUCAACACCUGACUGCUAUUUAUGAGCAAAUGCUGACUUGAAAUUUAAAAUUAUUAAUAAAUAUCUAUGCAAUGA